UAUCCCUUAUCCAUCCAUCGUUGACCAGGACGGCGCACACACCGCAUCUCCCCUGGCUUCUUUUCUCACAAAUCACGGCGGCUUCUCUGCGCACAACAGCCCACCAUCGCCCGCAUCUUGUGCUGCGGGUGCCCCGGCGACAGCUGGCUGGAGACCAGGGAGCUACGAGCAUGGGGAUACAGCGCUACGACCCACUACAGCCGGCGGUUGGCGGAGCUGCAUACAACGAUGCCGCCCAACUGGGAGCUGCAACCGGCGGUUUGGCUGGAGCUGCAUGCCUGCAUCCAGCGGCGCUGCUCGACGACGAGCUGCAACCGUUCAGUUUGGAGGUGCAUCCAGGGCGAGGAGGGAUGCAUCCAAUGGCGAACGCCGACGACAAGAAGCAACCGUGAAAUAAGAAGCUGGAAUCAGCCUCACCCUUUCAACGGCAGACCUGCAUCCAUGGACGCCGGAGCUGUGACCGGCAUUUUCGGGGAGCUGCAAGGUGGGCUAUUUGCUGAUAUGUUUUUUUCUGGAACUCGAGUUUUUUUUUGCUGGAACUGAUGUAAAUUUUGCUUCAAACGAUCAUCGCAUUUCUAAUUGCUGAGUUUGUUUUUUGCUGGAACCGUAGUUAUUUUUUGCUGGAACCGUAGUUAAGUUUUGCUGGAACUAGAUAAAUUUGUGCUUCAAACGAUUACCGAAGUUUCUAGUUGUUCAGUUCGUUUUGCUGGAACCGUAGUAAUUUUUUGCUGGAAUUGGAAUAAAAUUUUUGCUUCAAGCAAUUUUACUCGUUUUGCAGUUUCUCUGGUCGUUUUGCUGGAACCGCAGUUUUUUUUUCUUCUGCCGGAACCAGUUUUUGGUUUUGCUGCAACUGACCAUCAGAGUUUUUUUCGGGUGAGAUAUGUUUUUUGGCUGGAACAUGAUGGUGCAGGUCAACGACGGCGGCAAGCCAGAGGCGGCGCUGUCGUGCUAUGAUCAGCACUGCGAGUUGCUGGAACCGGCGUUGGGCAGUGCUACAUCCGGGCAAGGGUGGUGCUGGAACGACGACAAGAUGAGGAGGGGAAUUCGAGCUGCGAAGUGAGGCGGCGACCGGCGGAGGUUCGGUGAGCGACGACGUGCGGCGGGCAGUGCUAUGCGCGUGGGGAGCGUGCAUUGGGAUUUCCCCUUUUUCUCUCGCAGUCAGUGCACGGAAGAAGGCGACUCAAGGGAAAGCGUCAAUUGACGGCUAUUAAUGGGGAAAUCAGACGGCUGCGCGGUGACCGGCCUAAUUUGGGCCGGUCGACCGGCGCCUAUCAUUGCCCAACAUGUUUAUCUUAAAUUUUUACUUUACAAAGUUACUACGUCGGAAAAAAGUGUCCGCAAAAUCGAUUUUGCGCCGAGAUUGCUGUGCUACAAAUGCUCUAACAUACUCUUCGGCUUGAGAAAACUGCGGCUUGACCUUUCCCAAAUUUCCCCACCUACCUCCCGAGCCCAAACCCCUCUAUUCGCACCUCCGUCCUCCCCGCGGUUUCUAGAUGACUCGAGAAGCGAUGCGGAGGAAGGCGAAGGCCGUGCCGGAGUGGCUGAACAGCCCGCUCUGGUCGACCCCGCCGCUCGCCUCGACCCCCGCCGACCCCUACGGCACCGACUUCUCCCCGCCGCCUGCGCCGUCCCCCAAGCCGUCUCCUUCCGUUCCGCCGCCACCGAUGCGCGAGCAGGCGGUCGAUUCCUAUGCUGGCCGCGGGGGAGAGAUACGAGAAGAGGACGGCGCCGGCGCUGCUCUCCGGGCGCACUUGCUUGCCGACUUCAAGGCCGCGCUGUCUAAGAAGGUGGUGAACAUGGGGGAGCUGCGGAGACUCGCCUGCCUUGGCGUGCCAGAUGGCGGCGGCACGGACGUACGACCGCUCGUGUGGAAGCUUCUCUUGGGGUAUUUGCCAACUGAACGCUCUUUAUGGCCUUAUGAACUAGAAAAGAAGCGAAGCCAGUACAGUGCAUAUAAAGAUGAGUUUCUUCUAAAUCCUUCAGAAAAAUUACGUAGAAUCGAGGAAUCAAAGUUGUCAAGAAAGAAAGAAUUAACCGGUGAAAGGAAUGGCUUGCUCCCAAGGUCAGAAGUAACUAAUGAAGAGCAUCCUUUGAGCUUUGGUAAAUCUAGCUUGUGGAACCAAUACUUCCAGGAAUCAGAGAUCCUGGAGCAGAUAGACCGAGAUGUGAAGCGAACACAUCCAGACAAGUCGUUUUUUUCUGCCAAGUCUAACCAGGAAUCACUAAGGCGUAUUCUCAUUAUAUUUUCAAGAUUAUACCCUAGUGUAAGAUAUGUGCAAGGGUUGAAUGAAGUUUUGGCACCUCUAUUUUACGUAUUGAAGAAUGACCUUGACACAAGUAACUCGACUUCAGCUGAAGCAGACACUUUCUUUUGCUUUGUUGAAUUGAUUAGUGGCUUUAAAAACAACUAUUGUAAACAUCUUGACAACAGCCGGGUGGGUAUUCGGUCUAUACUUUCAAAGUUGUCUCAACUCUUAAAGAAACAUGACGAAGAGCUAUGGCGUCAUAUGGAGGUCAUUACAAAGGUGUACCCGCAAUACUAUGCAUUUAGAUGGAUUACAUUACUGUUGACAAUGGAGUUCAGCUUCAAUGUGUGUAUUCACAUCUGGGAUGCCAUGUUAGGCGAUCCCGAAGGUCCUCCGGACACCUUGCUGAGGAUAUGCUGUGCUAUGCUCAUUCUUGUCCGGAAGCGGCUCCUGGUUGGAGAUUUCACCGCCAAUAUCCAGCUGCUGCAGCACUACCCGCAAACUAACAUAGAUCACCUCCUCCACAUCGCUAACAGAUUGAGAGGAACCAUGCCCAGCUAGUGAUUGGGAUGCCAUCUUGUCUGUGUGGUGUUCAUCCGGGCACAACUACAUGUAUGUACAUUGGACCCUGUCCAUGAGGUGUAUCAUGACAUCAUGCCAAGUUUCAUCUUGUUCUCUUCAUUUAUGUUCACUUUAAAUUCAAAAACUGAAAACUCCAAGUAUGUACGUAUUUGAUUUU